AUGAAAACGGGUUCUGUUAAACGGAAGGGCCAAAAUUUGACUUCUAAAGCUCCUGGUGGUAGCAAGCAUGCCAUUCCGGUAAAUCCUGAAACUUUGAAGUGGAAGCCGGUCGAAAUUCCAGACACCUUAGAUGAUUUUGAAGGUUUGUACGGUGUGGAAGAGAUUGAUGGUGUUAGUGUGAAGAUAAUUGAUGGCAAAGCGCAGUUUUUCGCUAAAGAUGGCAGUAAAAUUGAUUUGGAUGCGAAUCGAUCCGUCGAAGCUGAAUCGAUGGUCGAUUUUAAAGGUUUUAAAAAUAUGGAUGACAUGGAAGAUGGUGAAUUAGAGGCGGACGCCGGUUCAAAAGAUAACUUAGAUGAGACAGACCCAUCGGACAUCAACGUCGACGACGACAACAAAGACAGCGGUGACGAAUUGAAAGAAAACGUGUUUGCGUUGGCGCAUGAUAUUCCAAAUAUAGAGCAUCCUACGUUACCAGAAUGGACAGAGAAGAUGAAUCUUUCAACCAUAACUUUACUUGGGCUCGCUAAGCAAGGUUUCACCAAACCGACGGAAAUUCAGAGUAUGGCCAUCCCACGCGCUUUAGACGGUAAAGAUAUUAUGGGGAAAGCGUCCACAGGGUCAGGUAAAACGCUUGCCUACGGAAUCCCAAUUUUCGAAGCACUUUUGAAUCAGAAGUCCGGUGAUGACCCCAUUGCAUUGAUUUUCACUCCAACGAGAGAAUUGGCGCAUCAAGUUACACAGCAUUUAGAGAAACUUGCCUACAUCGCGACCGAAAAGAGUCCCCAUCUCAUUACCUCGUUAACAGGCGGUCUCGCUAUACAAAAACAAGAGCGUAUUUUGAAGUACAAAGGUGGAUCUAAGAUUGUUGUCGCCACUCCAGGAAGAUUUCUGGAACUCAUUGAGCGAGACGCAAAUUUGAUCAAACGGUUUGCUCAAAUCAGUUUUCUGGUACUGGAUGAAGCCGAUAGACUUCUACAAGAUGGCCAUUUUGACGAGUUCGAAAAGAUCUUGAGGCACCUGAGAAACGAGCGGAAAAUUAAAAAAAAGUUCAAAAGCGAAUAUGCAAAUUCGGGAUGGCAAACAAUGAUAUUUUCGGCCACUUUCUCGCUUGACUUAUUUAAUAAGCUAUCGGCAGGAUCUUGGAAAAAGACGAAACCGGGAGAAGGUGACAAUGAAAUGGAAUUGGCUCUCAAGCAUUUGAUGACCAAGAUCCAUUUCAAAUCUAAACCUGAAAUAAUAGAUGCAAACCCGAAAUUUAAAAUAACAUCCAAAAUCAAAGAAUCGCUAAUCGAAUGUCUUCCCACAGAAAGAGACCUUUACACUUACUAUUUCAACACCGUUUAUCCUGGAACAACGUUGGUUUUUUGCAAUGCCAUCGACAGUGUCAAGAAACUGAAUGCCUACCUCAAUCUUUUAGGAAUCAAUUCCUAUCAAAUUCAUUCUUCAAUGACGCAGAAGAAUAGAUUGGCGAGCUUGGAGAAAUUUCAGAAACAAGCGCGAAAGAAUCAGGCAUUGGAUAAGUCCACAAUUCUCAUCGCGAGUGACGUUGCCGCGAGGGGCCUGGAUAUACCUGGUGUGCAGCACGUCUUACAUUAUCAUUUGCCGAGGACUGCAGACGUUUACAUCCAUAGAUCUGGUAGGACUGCUCGUGCGGAAAAUGAGGGUGUUUCGGUCACCAUUUGUUCUCCGGACGAAGCUAUUGGGCCUUUAAGGAAAUUAAGGAAAGCACUGGCAUCCCAAGGAGGCUUUGAGAAGGGCAAAAAAUGGCAAAAAGAUGUGCCCCUCUUCCCCGUGGAGCCGGAUAUCGUAUCUCAGCUACGAGAGCGCAGUAGAAUUGCCAAUGAACUUGCAGAAGAUGAAAUCGCGACAAGAUCUUUGAGUAAAGACGACAACUGGAUGAAAAAAGCUGCCGAGGAUUUGGGCGUGGAACUUGACUCGGAUGAUGAUUCCAAGGACGUAUUUUUGGCCAAGAACAAAGCCAAGAAGCUUGGUAAAAAAUUGGACAAAUCAAGAGCCCAUGCUUUACGAUACGAAUUGAAGCUGCUGUUAGACAAACCAAUUAGGAAGGAUCUACGAAAGAGUUAUCUGACCGGUGGUCUCGUGAAUUUAGCAGAUCAUCUAGUGAAAAAGAGAGGACAUGCAUCUAUCAUCGGUCAUGAAAAGGUGGAUGCGCUGAACUUGUUGAAGAAAAAAAACAAGAAACAGAAGCAUUCUACUUCACCUUAG